AUGUCGCACAGUCCCGGACCUGAGAGCCACGACCAGACGUCCGAAUACGAACUCCUCCCUCGGGCAGCCACACCUCCACCACCAGAUCCAACGCCCAGGCCAAGCCGACUCCAGAGAUUAGCCGCCGAGCUUCUGGACAGUUGGUUCUACGAGUCGUUUGCCUUUAUUUUCAGCGUGGGUUGUUUUGUCGCGAUAAUCUGCACCUUGAAUGCGUUCAAUAAGAGGCCUCAACCGACUUUCGCGUACGGCCUUACUCUCAAUGCCAUCGUCUCUACGCUUGCAACGGCAUCAAAGUCGUCGCUUAUUUAUGUUAUCGGGGAGUGUAUUGGCCAACUAAAGUGGAUAUGGUUCUAUAAAAACACAAAGCCACUUCACGAUAUCGAGUUGUAUGACACGGCGAGUCGCGGUCCGCUGGGUUCAGUAUACAUGAUUCUGCAGGACAAGGGCAGGUCCCUGGCAUCGCUACCAUCCCGCAGUCGGCUGCAUGUUGGCGAACCAGCCGACUGCGGGAUGGUAGGCGCAGUGGUAACUAUCCUGGCUCUGGCGUUUGACCCUUUCGUGCAGCAGGUCUUGACGUAUCCAACAAGGGAUACCGUCGCAGCAAGGAACUCCAGCCUCGCGAUUGCAAAGCAGGCAUCGGUGUAUAGACCGAAGGAGUAUAUGAAUUACGUGGUCUCCACCGGGGUGUGGGCGCAGUCGCUUGACCACUUGCAGCCAGACUUGACCUGUCCAACAGGGAAUUGUGAAUGGCCCGAGUUUCAGUCGGUAGGGAUAUGUAACCGUUGCGAAGACAUCACCUCGCAGGUUAAAUUCGAAUGCGACAAUGUUCGAUUCAACUGGACUCUUGGCCAGAGGGAAUGGGAGCAUACCAAUUGCACAAUCAUUCCUCCACAGGGGCCACGGUGCCUCAUAGAUGUCAGCCUUAUCUCAGACCUUGAGACGGACAUAAUCGAUGAUGAGGAAGUUACGAUGCCAACAAUCACUGUCAUUUUCAGCGAACACACUGUUUGGCCCCUUUACACGUUCGGCGGAUUCCUGAGGGAGGACAAUGCAACUUAUAUGGGGAUAGCGAAUCCAAAGGCCGUAGUAACCCACUUUGAAAUGGGCAUGGAUAACUCGACGGAGCCGGACAUGUCUAUUUUCCUGGACUGGCAAAGGCUCUUGAGCAUUAAAAAGGCAACACAGUGCGCCAUAGGGUUCUGUGAAAGGACAUACCGGAUCUCUGUGUUGAAUGGAACUGCGACGUUCAAUGUUUCUUCCCCGGAUUACGGCCAGUUGUUUCCCUACCAUCCGAGUGAGCUACAAUGCUGGAAACCGACAAACAAUGUCCCUCCAGAAUCUAUCAACGUGACACGGACAGGCGGAGAGGAGUUGGUUGAUGAAUCCCAAUCAGCAUUUUGUUCAAGGACAAGUUACAACCUGGUAGGCGACUCUCUUUCAGGGACUCUAACCAGGCAAUACACAGCCUACAAUCUGAGCAGGUGGGAACCCACGGAAAUCGGCUGGCCUCCUGACGGCGCCACAAAGAUUAUCACCGACGGGUUGGAGCUGGUCAUGGCCAACCUAGCAGCAUCGUUUACCAAGGCUGGUCUCCAGCAAAGCAACAACACGCUGGGUAUGGCUCUCGCUUCCGGCAUCCUUGCUUACCCUCGGGAUUGUGUUUCUUCUUUCCACGAUGGCCCUCAACACGAGGCAAAGGCUGCGUCCUUGGAGGUCGUCGAUCCUUGCGGUAGUGUUCCAUGGGCUCUAUGGGGAGAGAACGGAAGCUGGUUAUAG